AAUCCUUUUAAACAUCUUGACACGGAAUACAAGCGAUUUAAAUAUUUUGAAAAUUCUAAUUAUUUCAUUAAACCUGAACAGUUUUUGAUAGGCUCAGUUCCAGAAACACAUAGAAAAAAUCAAACAAUUUCAGUGGGUUUAAAACAGAAAGUUGGGUAUUUUGUACCUAUCAGAGCACAAUUGAAAGUAUUACUAGAAACUCUUGGACUUUAUACAUUGAUGACAGAGUAUAGAGAAAAAGUUCUCAAAGAGAAACUUUCAGAAGAUUCUUUUAAAUGUAAUAUAAUGCAAGGUGAUUUGUGGCAAAUGUAUUUAAAUAAAGUGAAACAUAAAAAUGUGUUUCCUCUCAUAAUAUAUUUUGAUGAAUUCGAAACUUGUAAUCCUUUGGGAAGUCAUGCUGGUGUUUAUAAGCAGGGUGCAGUUUAUUUUUCCAUAGCUUCCUUGCCUCAGCAGUAUACCACUAGAUUAGAAAAUAUAUUUUUAGUAAUGUUAUUUCAUAGUGAUGAUCGUAUCACAUUCGGCAAUAAGGCAGUGUUUGAUAUCCUCAUUAAUGAAUUGAAAUAUUUGGAAGAUAAAGGUAUCGCUAUCAAUUGCAACGGUAAUGUGGAACAGGUUUAUUUCUCAAUGGUAUUAUUAAUUGGUGAUAAUUUGGGAUUACACUCCUUAUAUGGACUUGUGGAGUCAUUUCAGGCUAAUUUCUAUUGCAGAUUUUGUAAAUGUCACAAGCAUGAUAUGAAAAAAUUAUGUAAAGAAGAACAGACACUUUUGAGAACUGUAGAUGAAUAUGAUGAAAUGGUUCUGGAGAAGUCGUAUGGUAUUAAGGAAAAAUGUGUAUUUCAUGAUUUACCAAAUUUCCAUAUAUUUAAUAACCUGACAUGUGAUAUAAUGCAUGACUUAUCUGAAGGUGUUCAUCGAUAUGGCUUAGCUAAAGUAAUAGAAAGUCUCAUUAGUCAAAAUUUUUUUAGUCUAGAUUAUUUAAACCAGAGGAUACAAUUUUUCAAUUAUAAUUCAUCCGAAAAAAAUAAGCCCCCUCCACUAAAAGCCAAUCACAUAAAAGAGGGAUGUAUAAUUUUAUCAUCUUCUGAAAUGAUGUGUUUGGUUUUGAACUUGAGACUCAUUGUAGGAGAUUUAGUUCCAGAAAAUAACGAAGUGUGGGGAUAUUAUCUAUUAUUAUUGGAAAUAACAGAAAUAGUAAUCGCUAGUUCAAUUUCAAGUCCCACAAUAGAAUUACUCAAAUCUUUAAUAGAACAACAUAAUCACCUAUAUGUUCAUCUUUUUAAAGAUAAUUUAAAACCAAAAUUCCACUUUUUACUUCAUUAUCCUAGAAUUAUUAGCAAAGUCGGUCCACUGUGUAAUAUACAAACAAUCAGAUUUGAAGC